UGUAUACUGAAAAAAAUGAAGCAUUAUGAGGCUAUCCUGUUACUUUUUUAUGUAACCAGUGGCUCAUCCAGAUUUCUGAACGAUAGUGUUUCAUUUGACAACAAUAGCAACAAAUCAAACGAUUGAACUACCACUAACGAUUUUAUGAACAAUCAACCUGGAGACGAUCUUAUACACUCAACGGACUGAACCGUACCUUGUGUUUAUACAAGAAUUUAAAUAUUCAUAUGUAAAUUGACUGGAACGCCUUAUACUGAAAGAAAAUGAAGUAUUAUAUGGCUAUCCUGUUACUUUUUUAUGUCACCAGUGGCUCAUCCAGAUUUUUGAACGAUAGUGUUUCAUUUGACGACAAAAGCAACGAAUCAAACAAGGAAAUUAUGGCCCAUCAAUCUGAAUAUAUCAUAAAACCGGUGGUGUCUAUUAGAAUGAACAAGUGCACAAGGACAUUGUGUUGUCCAUGGCAACUCCGCUGUGGAACUCAUUACAGUUGUUAUGACCAUAAGUCGGAUAUACUCGAUAUGAUUCCCUGUCUUGGAAAUCAGACCAUUCUGAAUAUUACAAGAACAGUAUAAAUGAUGAAAAUAAUCAAUUAAACAACAUAUCAUUUGUAAAGAAAGAAAUAAACGAUAUACUCAU